AGCUCCGGCUGCGUGCUCUGGAGUUAAGGCUGGAUUAGGUCGGGAGGCAGUGAAUGAAAGUUGUUUUCUCUCUGAUGAAAUAUUCUCACAGCAUUACGCUUCCAUUAGAUUUACAUUUCGAGUUGCCAUGUUUGUGAAACUAUUAUCUGUAAACAGCCCAGUUUUCAGAUGUUUGAAAACUUUACACAACCGUUCUGCACGAGGGUUCAGCAUUGGAGCCGCUUCCCUUGGCUCAGUGAGUUUAAAGGGUCGCAGUUGUCUCACAUUGAAAGAUUUCAGCUCAGAUGAAAUCAAGAAGGUGUUGUGGGUGUCAGGGGAUCUAAAACAUCGGAUCAAGCAUGAAAAACAGUAUCUUCCUCUUCUGCAAGGAAAGUCGAUUGCUAUGAUAUUUGAGAAGAGGAGCACCAGAACAAGAAUGUCCACAGAAACAGGUUUUGCUUUGCUGGGUGGACACCCCUGUUUCCUCACCUCUCAGGACAUCCACCUGGGUGUGAAUGAGAGCUGCACAGACACAGCUAGGGUUCUCUCAGGGCUCUGUGAUAUUGUCUUGGCGCGAGUGUACAGCCACUCCACGCUGGAGGAGCUGGAUAAGGAGGCCUCCAUUCCCAUCAUCAACGGUCUGUCUGACCUCUACCACCCAAUCCAGAUUCUGGCUGACUUCCUCACUUUGCAGGAGCAUUAUGGCUCUCUUAGUGGAUUAACAGUGAGCUGGAUUGGAGAUGGCAACAACGUCCUCCACUCCUUCAUGAUGGCCGCAGCCAAACUGGGAGUUCACCUUAAGAUUGCUACACCAAAGGGGUAUGAGCCAGAGAAGAGUGUUAUUCAGGAGGCACAGAGACUCUCCAAAGAGCAUGGGACCCAGCUCGUUCUGACCUCUGACCCGAUGGAGGCCGCCCACGGCAGCAAUGUUUUGGUCACUGACACUUGGGUCAGCAUGGGACAGGAGGAAGAGAAGAAAAAGAGGCUCAAAGAUUUUCAAGGUUACCAGAUUACAAUGCAGACAGGAAGUGUGGCCAAACCAGACUGGACCUUCCUGCAUUGUCUGCCCCGAAAAAUGGAGGAGGUGGACGACCAGGUGUUCUACUCCUCCCGUUCGCUCGUCUUCCCUGAGGCUGAGAACAGGAAGUGGACAAUCAUGGGUCUGAUGGUUUCUCUUCUGACUGACUACACUCCACAGAUCCCAAUGCUAAAGUUUUAACUUCAGAUCUUAAGGUGGUGUUUUACUACAGUCCUCUGCAGUUGGGGCUGAUUUGUAGUUCGCUAUUUUAGCGCAAGACUAGAUAGAUUACCCCAAAGUAAUUGUGUUUACAUUGUUCAGUUCACAUUUAGAGCACAGAUGGCAUGGUUUGGCUCAGCUCACUGUUGAAUAGAAGACUGUUGCCCUGCAGAGUUAUCUGUUUACAUUCUACAUUUACUGUGAUUAAGAACAAUGACUGUGGCAAGCAUGAGGUUUACAGUGAAAAUAUUUUUGUUAUAUGUGUGUUAUUGAAAAGGAAAAGAUUAAUGAUCCUUUCUUCAAGUUGUUUAACAUGGUCUUAACACAAUAUUCUCCAACAGCAACUGACUAUGUCUAUACCACUAUAACAAAUGAACACUGUGUCAUAAGUUGAAUAUAUGUACUUAAUGGUUGAACAUGUUUUUUACGUCACGUUUUUUGUGUAUCAGUGUAUACACAUGCCUUUCACAUCAUAUUCUACAUUUGUAAUGCUGUGCUUGAGUUCUGUUUCUUGAGAGCCUGUGAUGCAGAAAUGAUGGAACAACGCUAAGAAUCAGUUUGUUGUUUACAAAUUAUAAACAAACAUGUUGUCAGCUAUAAAUAAUUUCAGUCCGUAGA